UGGCAGCCGCAGCCCCCGGACCCGGAGGAUUAUGAGCGAACCAUGAGGCGGCUGCGGCGCCGGGCGAUCGCGGCUCUGCUGCUGCUGCUGCCGCUGCUCCCCGCGCCCGGUCUUGGGGCCCGGGAUCCUGUAGGAGCUCUGCGCUGGAGGGGCUCACCCCAGGUGGGUAUUGUAGAAGCCCCCGAGGUCACAGAGCCCAGCCGUCUGGUAGGGGAGAGCUCCGGGGGAGAGGUCCGAAAGCAGCAGCUGGAUACCAGGGUCCGCCAGGAGCCACCUGGGGGCCCGCCUGUCCAUCUGGCCCAGGUGAGUUUCGUCAUCCCAGCCUUCAACUCAAACUUCACCUUGGACCUGGAGCUGAACCAUCACCUCCUCUCCUCGAAAUACGUAGAGCGCCACUUCAGCAGGGAGGGGAUAACCCAGCACAGUACUGGGGCUGGAGACCACUGCUACUACCAGGGGAAGCUCCGGGACAGCCCGCACUCCUUUGCCGCCAUCUCCACCUGCCGGGGGCUGCAUGGGGUCUUCUCUGAUGGGAACUUGACUUACAUUGUGGAGCCCCAAGAGAUGGCUGGGCCUUGGGGAGCCCCCCAGGGACCCCUUCCCCACCUCAUUUACCGGACCCCUCUCCUCCCAGCCCCCCUCGGAUGCAGGGAACCAGGCUGCCUGUUUGCUGACCCCGCCCAUUCUGCUCCUCCAAACCGGCCGAGGCUGAGAAGGAAAAGGCAGGUCCGCAGGGGCCACCCCACUGUACACAGUGAGACCAAGUACGUGGAGCUGAUUGUAAUCAAUGACCACCAGCUGUUUGAGCAGAUGCGACAGUCUGUGGUCCUCACCAGCAACUUUGCCAAGUCCGUGGUGAACCUGGCAGAUGUGAUAUACAAGGAGCAGCUCAACACCCGCAUUGUGCUGGUUGCCAUGGAAACAUGGGCAGAUGGGGACAAGAUCCAGGUGCAGGAUGACCUCCUGGAAACCCUGGCCCGGCUCAUGGUCUACCGGCGGGAGGGUUUGCCUGAGCCCAGUGAUGCCACCCACCUCUUCUCGGGCAGGACCUUCCAGAGCACCAGCAGUGGUGCAGCCUACGUGGGGGGCAUCUGCUCCCUGUCCAGGGGUGGGGGUGUCAACGAGUAUGGCAACAUGGGGGCCAUGGCAGUGACCCUGGCCCAGACGCUGGGGCAGAACCUGGGCAUGAUGUGGAACAAACACAGGAGCUCAGCAGGGGACUGCAAGUGUCCAGACAUCUGGCUGGGCUGCAUCAUGGAGGAUACUGGGUUCUACCUGCCCCGCAAGUUCUCGCGCUGCAGCAUCGAUGAGUACAACCAGUUUCUGCAGGAGGGCGGCGGGAGCUGCCUCUUCAACAAGCCCCUCAAGCUUCUGGACCCCCCCGAGUGCGGAAACGGCUUCGUGGAGGCGGGGGAGGAAUGUGACUGCGGCUCGGUGCAGGAAUGCAGCCGAGCGGGUGGCAACUGCUGCAAGAAGUGCACUCUGACUCACGAUGCUAUGUGCAGCGACGGGCUCUGCUGUCGCCGCUGCAAGUACGAGCCGCGAGGUGUCUCCUGCCGAGAGGCGGUGAACGAAUGCGACAUCGCGGAGACCUGCACUGGAGACUCAAGCCAGUGUCCCCCUAACUUGCACAAGCUGGAUGGUUACUACUGUGAUCAUGAGCAGGGUCGUUGCUAUGGAGGUCGCUGCAAAACUCGGGACCGACAGUGCCAGGCCCUUUGGGGCCAUGUGGCUGCUGAUCGCUUCUGCUAUGAGAAGCUGAAUGUGGAGGGGACAGAGCGUGGGAACUGUGGGCGCAAGGGGUCAGGCUGGGUCCAGUGCAAUAAGCAGGAUGUGCUCUGUGGCUUCCUCCUCUGUGUCAACAUCUCUGGAGCACCUCGGCUAGGGGACCUAGGGGGAGACAUCAGCAGUGUUACCUUCUACCACCAGGGCAAGGAGCUGGACUGCAGGGGAGGCCAUGUGCAGCUGGCUGAUGGCUCAGACCUGAGCUAUGUGGAGGAUGGCACGGCCUGUGGGCCCAACAUGCUGUGCCUGGACCACCGCUGCCUGCCAGCCUCUGCCUUCAACUUCAGCACCUGCCCAGGCAGUGGGGAGCGCCGGAUCUGCUCCCACCACGGGGUCUGUAGCAACGAAGGGAAGUGCAUCUGUCAGCCUGACUGGACAGGCAAAGACUGCAGCAUCCACAACCCCCUGCCCACAUCCCCACCCACCGGGGAGACAGAGCGAUAUAAAGGUCCCAGCGGUACCAACAUCAUCAUUGGCUCCAUCGCCGGGGCUGUCCUGGUUGCAGCCAUCGUCCUGGGCGGCACGGGCUGGGGAUUUAAAAACAUCCGCAGAGGAAGGUACGACCCGACCCAGCAGGGGGCAGUGUGACGCCGGCCACAUCAUCCCUCCCGCUGUCCUUGUCUCCUCCAUCUCAUUUGUGCUCUGGCAUUCUGUUGACGGGAGCUGGGGGCCGAUUCCCCAGCCCUGCAGGCGGCCUGGGAUGAAUGCUCUCAGCCUGCCCCACCCCAUCCUCUUGCCCCCUAGUCCUCUGGGGCCACGGUCAUGUUCUGCUGCCCCUCCUACAGCCUGACCACCUGGCCAGGUGGGCCCUGGAGCUGUGCCCCCUGCAGCCCCAGUUCCCUGGGAAGGGAUCCUCCUUUUGCGUCCCAUCUGUUUUGUCUUCCAUGUCACCGCUGUCUUACCUCCCACCAGACCCCCUCCCGGCUAGCCUGUGACUUGCUGCCUCCAGGGCCCAGCACUGACUCCCCAGCUGGAGGGCUCUCCCUCUGGGCCCUGCCUCAUACCCUCCCCUGAUGCCCCCUCUCCGUUCCAGGUCCGGAGGGGCCUAAGCGCCACCCCCCUCCCUCCGAGCCUGGCACCCACCGUCUCGGCCCUGAACCACGAGGCUGCCCCCACCCAGCCACAGAGGGAGGCACCGUGCAAAUGUCUUCCAGGUCCAACCCUUCAACUCCUGGCUCCACAGGGGUUUGGAGGGGGGGCUGUGGCCCUGCCCUUCGAACCACCAGGGUGGCCCAGGCCUGGAGGGCAUUUCCUUCACGGUCCCACCCCACCUCAUGUGGCUUUGGCCUUGCACACCAACUC